AUUAACAACUACUUAUUGAUCUAUCGAAAAAGAAUAUGAGAAAAACGAGUCGAUUGAAAUCUAUUGGCAAUUAUUUUCAGACGUAAAAUCCACUUGUGUGUGGUAUAUAAGAUCUUGUACCGUGCAAGAGCUUCAGUCGUUCUUAACUCUUUGACCACAGAGAUACUCCGAUAGUAGAAAUAAAUCAACAAAAACAAAUAUCAUAAGUUGCAAUUACAGCCAAAUUCGAAGUGAGAACCAUGAGAUUAUUCGUGUAUUUUGUGCCAGCGUUGGUACUUAUUUUUAUUCAAGAUUCUUCAGCAAGACCUGGUUUACUCAGCGGUUUAACAAGUGGAAGUCUCUUGGAUCCACUUGGACUCUUUAACAAACGAGAUAAAAGUGAAGCUCAAAGCAGUGCUCAAUCGUUAGGAACCAAUUUGAAUUUUGGACCUUUGGGCCUAUCCACCAAUUUGGCAUCAUCCUCGGCAUCAGCUAGUGCCAAUGGAGGAGGUUCUGCAUCUGCCAAUGCCAAUGCCAAUGCCAAUGCCAAUGCCAAUGCUCAAGGGAAUGGUGGAGCUAACGGUUAUGGUGGAGCUACAGCCAACGCUGGUGCUACAGCCAACGCUGGUGCUACAGCCAACGCUGGUGCUGCAGCCAACGCUGGUGCUACAGCCAACGGCGGUGCACAAGGAUAUGAUGGUUCUUCGAGUCUUUACAACAAAGGUAUCAAUGGCAAUUAUAAUUUGAAACCAAUUGAUUAUUCGAACAAUGUUAUUCCUUGGAAUGGACAAUAUAACUUUUACGAUGGUCCCUCACCUAAUACCGGAAAUGCUCAAUCCAAUGCUAAUGCAAAUGCUAAUGCAAAUGCUAAUGCAAAUGCUAAUGUAAACAGUGGUAACAAUAGAGGUAACAAUAGAGGUAACAAUAGAGGCAACAAUAGAGGUGUUUCAAUUCCAUCAAAUCCGGGUCCAACUUUGGGGCCUGUUUAUACCGCUAAUUAUGGUCCAUCUUAUCCUGGCUACCAAGGAAAUAGUAAUUCUGGAAACUCUAAUGCAUAUUCUAGUGCUCAUGCAAAUGCUAAUGCUAAUUCUAAUAGGAAUGAGCAUGGAUAUAAAAUACCCGAAUCAAUUCCUGUAAACGUUCCACCACAAAUCAUUCAACGACCACAGCCUAUCUUACAGCAAAGACCAGUACCCCAACAACCUAGACCAAUUAUUCAUAGUGUUCCCGAGUAUCAUAAUUCGGCAACACUACCAAUAAUUAUCGUCGAAGAGCAACAGCAACAACCAAUUGGCAGACCAGGUAGAUACCAGAAUCGAUAUCCUCAACGUCAAUCUUAUAACCACCAUCAUCCACAUAGACCAAAGCAACAACCUAUUCAAAUCGUCGUUAUCGAGGAGGACAAUACUCCAACUCAAGCUCAAGGUCAUGGCAAUUAUGGUACACAUUCUGGUGGAACUGGGCAGUAUAAUGGAAAUUACGGUCUUGAAACAGGUCAAGGACGAAAUCCUUUCCUAAAUGGUGGAUCAAAUGUCAAUGCCAAUGCCAAUGCCAAUGCCAAUGCAGCAGCGAAUGCCGCAACAAAUGUUAAUAGCAUUGGUCAUUCUGGAUCACAUGGAUACAAUAAUGAAAAUGGUUAUCUUGGUAACUUAGGAACAAACAAUCCUUUCCUUAGUGGAUCUGGAAGUGGCGGUGGAGCAAAUUCCAACGCAAAUGCAAAUGCAAAUGCAAAUGCAAAUGCAAAUGCAAAUGCAAACGCAAAUGCAAAUGCUCAGGGAUACGGUCAAAAACCAAUUGGAGCACACAAUCCUUUCCUAAAUGGUGGAUCUAAUAAUAAUGGUGGAAAUUACCAAGGGCAGACACAUGGUCAACAAAUACCUACAACAAUUCCAUCGAAGCCUGGUUGUAGUACUUUGGGAUGUAACAACGGCCCUUCAGUAAUUAUAAUUGAACAAGAUAAACCUAAAGGCAUACCAACAUUUCUACCUGGAACUAAUUCUGGAUAUUAUACAAAUUCUGGUGGAAGUCAAGCAGAUAGUUCGGCAAAUGCUAAUGCUGGAAGUUAUGGUGGUGGUGGACAAAAUCAGCCUAUCAAGGAUACCCCAAUCAUUUUAAAUGGACCUAAUUACGGUGGUCAGCCUAAAUAUCCAAAUAUCGGAGGUUCAGGAAACUUAGGUUAUGGAAGUGGUAGCGGUUCGGCAGGAUCCAAUGCAAAUGCCGAUGCGUCGGCUAAUGCUGGAAGUUCUGGAUCUGGUUAUGGUGGUCAAGGAAUCGGACCAAUCAAAGGUACUUCUACAUUGAAUCUUGGAGGAUCUGGAUCAGGAAAUUUGGGUGGUUACGGAUAUGGUGGUGGCUCUACAGGAAACUUGGGAAGUGGUUAUGGAAGUGGUAGCAGUUCGGCAGGAUCCAAUGCAAAUGCGGGAAGUUUAGGAUUUGGAGGAGGUAGUGGAUCUGGUGGUACACCAUUUGGUGGAAGUAAUGGCGGAGGAAUUGGCGGAGGAAUUGGCGGAGGAAUUGGAGGAGGUAGUGGAUCUGGAGGUGCAUCGUUUGGUGGAAGUAAUGGCGGAGGAAUUGGCGGAGGAAUUGGCGGAGGAUUUGGCGGAGGAAUUGGAGGAGGUAGUGGAUCUGGAGGUGUACCAUUUGGUGGAAGUAAUGGUGGAGGAAUUGGCGGAGGUUCAGGAUUCGGUGGAGGUUCUGCCGGAUCUAGUGCCAGUGCUAAUGCCGAUGCAAACGCUGGAGCUUCCGGUGGGUCUAAUGGUUUUGGAAGUGGAAACAUAAAUGGAUUCGGAGGACAAGGAGGCUCAAGCGGCGGUUACGGUGGACAUCAUGGUGGUUCUGGAAAUUUAAGUGGAGGAUACGGUUCUUCUGGAUCAAAUGCUGUUGCCAAUGCUGAAGCUAAUGCUAAUGCUAAUGCUGGAAGUUCAGGUGGUUCAGGAGGAUCAGGAUUUAAUGGUGGUGGGUUAGGCCAACAAGGAGGUUACGGAAACAUCAAGGGAUCUGGUUUAGGAUACGGUGGAUCUUACGGAGGAUCAUCAGGAUCAAACGCUUACUCCGAUGCUAAAUCUACUGCUAAUGCUGGGGGAUCAUCCAAUGCCGAUGCAAAUUCCAAUGCGUAUUCAAAUGGUAGUGGUGGUGGAUCAGCAAAUAGUUCCAGUAAAUCUUCUGCGUUCACUCAUGGAUCUGGCUCGGCUAGUGCCAAAGCCAACGCUAAUGCAUCCAGUAGUUCUUUAGGAUUCGGAUCUAAAUCAUCAGCAUCCAGUCACGCAUCUGCUACUGCUGAUACCAAUGACAUGCUCAUAUUCCCAGACUGAAUUGAACGUUUCUACAAGGAACUUUGAAUCUUCGCUAAGUAAUCGAUAAUAUCAAUUGCACGAUCAGUUGCACGAUCAGUUGCACGAUCAAUUAAGUUUUCUUCUUUCUUUUGUCUCUACAACUCCCUUGUAAUUAAUGUAUUAUUUUACAAUCGUUGAUUGUAAAA